AUGUCGUUCAUCCCCAAGGAGCUGGUCGGGAGGGACAUCUACCAAAUCCUGGGCCUCUCCUUCGAAGACGCAGGGAAGGAUGACAUAAAGAAUUUAAUAAGAAAGAGGUACCUGAAAUGUGCGCUGAUUCUUCACCCCGAUAAGGCGGAGGGUGGCAAAAAUGGGAGUGCCGCACAGGGGAAUGCCACAAAUGGGAGUGCCACGCAGGGGACCGCCGCACAGGGGGGCGCCCCGAACGCUUCCACCACGGACAGCUUCAACACCCUCAAGUGCGCAUACGAAUUUCUAAUGAACGAGCAACUGAGGAACAAGUAUAACCAAUACGUCACACAGCAGAGGAAGAAGAAAAAGAAAAACGGCCCGGUCAGCGGCAACAUCAGUCUGAGUCGCUUUCUAGAUAAGAACAAAUUUGAAGAGCAGCAAAGGGAGAAGCUGCUGUUCAAAAGGAGACUGGAGGCACGAGAGAGGGAGAUGGCGGAGGGGAAGCAAAAAAAAAGGGGUACACACAAUGGAGCGGAGUGGCCACACAGUGGGAAGUCAGGUGAUCCCACCGAGAGCAGCUACCCCAACGGGAGGAACAAUCGGAAGCAAAAAAAAGAGCAGCAAGAUGAGACACUCAGGGAAAGGAACAAUUUAAAAAACAUCAAAGCGCAAAAUGAAGAUUUUAUAAAAAGGCACUCUGCCCACCCCGAUCAGAGGAACCGUCAGAAAGGAGUGCGAGAAGGGGAAGACGAAAAUGAAAGGGACCGAUCGAUCGAAAUUUACUUAGACAAUUACCCACACAACGUCCACAUGCUGCAAAGAUACAUGGAGCAAAAGGAAUUAUUAACCUUCUUCGUCGAUUUUAACAUUCAACGGUACCACCUAUACACGAAUGAGGAACAGACGCAGAGUGAAAGGAGGGUCGGUUUGUUCUCCUUUACUCAUCGUAGCGAGGCCAUUCGUGCGUACUUGCAUUUUAAAAAAAAUGGGAAACACAUCGACCGGAAUUUUAAGCUGAGGCUGGCGGUGCCCUGCAACGAGGGGGGAGAGGUGCGCUCGGAGGGGGUCGGGCCCCAGAAGGGGGGAGCGAACGAGGCGGCGCCGAGGGACAGCGUCGACAGGAUGAUGAGCGAGAUGGUGGACGAGCUGGACAAGAUGUUUUCCCUCUGA